AUGCAGUUUUUUGCUCCUCUCGUCGCUCUUGUCUACCUCGUCGCCGGUGCUGAAAGUGCGUGCACCGGACCGAACGCGCGCACUACUCCGCCUCCCGGUGCCAUUGUCGUUGACGCCACAGGUGCCUACAGGGGGAGUUUCAAGACGGUGUCGGAAGGGGUAGCAAAGCUGUCCACCGCGACGGGAGAUAGCACGCUCUUCUUGAUGCCCGGCAUUUAUAAAGAGAAGGUCACGGUCCCGCCGCUCAAGGGCAAGCUUAUUGUACAGGGCUACACGUGUGACACGACUUCGUACUCUGCGAAUCAGGUCACUAUCACCCGUGCCAUGGCGCAAAACGAUAUCCCCGCCAGCAUCACCAAGAAUCGCAAUGACUACACGACCACGCUGCUGCUUAAGUCGAGCAACGUGAAAGUGUACAAUCUCAACGUUGCAAACACGGCCGGGAACGUUGGUCAGGCCAUUGCAAUGAAGAUUGACGGUGCUAACUACGGAAUCUACGCUUGCAAGCUCACAGGUUACCAGGACACUUUGUACGCGAACCAAGGACCUGCGCUCUUCGCCAAGUCAUACAUUAAUGGUGCCGUUGAUUUCAUUUUUGGUCUGUACGCGAAGACUUGGUUUGAGUCAUGCGACAUUGAGUCUAUCGGCAAGGGAUGCGUCACUGCCAACGGCCGCACCGACAACUCGAACCCGUCCGAGUAUGUCUUCAACAAGGCUCGUGUCUUCGGUUCCAAACCGGGGCAAGCUUUCCUGGGUCGUCCGUGGCGGCCGUACGCUCGCGUUGUUUUCCAGAACAGUGAUCUCAGUGACGUUGUCGACCCCGCAGGAUGGCAAAAGUGGAACGGCGACAACAACACGGGUAACGUCUACUUCAAGGAGUUCAACAACAGAGGAGCAGGGGCUGCGACCACCAAGCGUGUAGCUUUCAGCGGAACGCUCCAGAAACCUGUGGCCAUCACGGAAAUCCUUGGGGAGGGUUAUGGGUCCGCUUGGUGGGUGGACAAGUCGUUCAUGUAG